UUUUGACAUCUCUAUUGACUUGAGAGUAUUGAGAUUCUUGAGUUUUGAGUUGGCUAUUAGCCGCAAUAAUUAAAAUAUUCAACUGCUCGAUUAUUUAAAUAAAACCAUUAUGAAGUAUAAAGGAUUAUUAUGUUUCAUGAUAUUACUUACUUAUUACCAGGGCGAGGCCCAGACUCGGGCAAAAGGGUUGGAAGAGAAGGUGCAGCAGUUAACGGAUAUGACAGCAAAGCGGUCAAUUAUUUCUUUGAACGUUAAUAAGUUCAAAGACUACGUGAGAUCGCCCCCGAGAGAUUAUUCUUUCAUAGUGAUGUUCACUGCCAUGGCACCAUCGAGACGCUGCGCGAUCUGCCAGCACGUUUACGAUGAGUUCAUGAUUGUCGCCAAUUCCUUCAGGUUCUCGCCGUCUCACAAUAACAAACUGUUCUUCGGAAUGGUUGAUUUUGAUGAAGGAUCUGACAUUUUCCAAAUGUUACGGCUCAACACAGCCCCGGUUAUCAUGCACUUCCCUGCCAAAGGGAAACCUAAGCCUGCCGACUCCAUGGACUUUGAGAGGGCAGGCAUUCAUGCCGAGGCUAUUGCCAAGUGGAUUCAAGACAGGACUGAUGUUCAGAUCCGCAUUUUCCGCCCGCCGAACUAUUCCGGAGCUGUUGCAUUCCUCAUGCUGUUCGUCCUAGUAGCCGGUUUCCUGUACCUUAGACGGAACAACCUCGAGUUCCUGUACAACAAGCAGAUGUGGGCGGUCGCUGCUGUGUUCUUCUGUUUCGCCAUGGUGUCCGGUCAGAUGUGGAACCAGAUCAGAGGCCCUCCAUUCUUCCAUAGGAGUAAGAACGGACCGGUGUAUAUUAAUGGCGGAUCCCAUGGACAGUUCGUGUUGGAGAGCUAUAUUGUAGCAAUUUUAAAUGCUGCAGUAGUAGUGGGCAUGAUUCUCAUGAUAGAAGCGGCCGGAGGAGUGAAGAGUGCAGAGCCAACACGCAGCGCAGCCGAGGGAAAGAGACGGCGCUUCCAAUCUGUCGUCGGGCUUGUACUAGUGUGCGUGUUCUUCUCUCUACUACUGUCUGUGUUCAGAGCCAAGACGCAGGGAUAUCCCUACAGUUUCCUAUUCAAGUAAGGCGGCUGUUAAAUAAUAUAAGUAAUUUGCAAUAAUAUGAGUGAAAAGUUAUUUUUAUUUAACACUUUUUAAUGAUUUAAGUAUGUACACACUGGAACUGCGGCGUGAUGAAAUACAGUGUAUUAAAAUAUAACAUUUAUUUUAUUUUAACCUUUUACUUUAGCAUAUUAAGAUAUGUAGUUAUAAGAAAAUAUUCAUUCGGUUCGGUGCCAGCAUAUAGUACUUAUAAUCAGAGAUUUAAUAUUAUUCACGCGUCGAAUAACAGUAACAGUAUCUCCAAUUCGCUUUUGAAUAGGCUUCAUUUAAAAAAUAAUUUAAGAAAUAUGUUUUUAUAAUAUAUGUAUCAAUAAAAUAAUGUGCUGUACUUCCAAAAAAUGUCUACAAAUAAAUACGUGUCAGCUGCUCCAUCAUUGAACGCGCGAAGUAAAAUCAUUACUUUUCUGUAAUAAUUGGUUUCUGGUAUAAUCAGUAAAAUUGUCGGUAUUGAUGUUAUUUUAUCCUAAAUAAAUUUGUUAGGUUAGGUUAGGCCAUAGAGAAAUAAAAAGUAAAUACUCACUCCAUACUGCAUACCUGACGAUAGAUGUUGCGACGAACCGAACGACAAGUCUAAUGCUCAACAAUUUUAAGCUAAUAUUAUAAUCGGAACUCUAUUUUCAACUCCUUCUAUUUGUAAUAUUAGUUGUAAAUUGUUGAGAAAUACAAUUUUGUUCAUUCGCGACAUCCGAGACAUCUAGUGUCAAGUAGCGGUACUGAUAAUUCCGCUACUCGAUGCUAGAUGUCGACUACGAAAAUAAUAAGACUUUUGGUACCAAAACUGAUGUAUGGAGUGACCACUCUAUGCUUACUUCUUAUUUCUCUAUGGCACAGCGUAACUGUGUAUAGACACACAUUUUGUGUAUAACAAUUAUGUCACGAAUCAUAAAUUUUUCCUAUAAUCGUUAAUUCUCUUUCGUUCAUUUGCGAAUUUUAUAGCCGCAUGCGUUUAGCAACAGAUCCCUAGAAUCAUCUUACAAAACUGGGAAGUGACUAUUCCCUUCAUUAGCCUAAUAGCAUUUUAUUGCCGAUGGCAAAUUCUGGACCUUAUUCACAAGAAGGACACUUGGGCCGUGGCAGCGCUGUUACUCUGUUUCACGAUGGUAUCAGGACAAAUGUGGAAUAAGAUAAGCAAACCUUUAUUUACUUUCAAGAACCAAGAAGGCCCUAUUUUCAUUAGUAAUAAACUGACAAAACAGUUCUUGGCCGAGAGUUACAUUGUGGCUGUUUUGAAUGGCGCGAUAGUGCUAGGUAUGAUACUGGUCAUAGAGGGGGCGGGAGGAGUGAGGACGGAAAGGGACGGAAGAGGUAAAAGAAAGAGACGGAAGCUCCUAAUGCUGGCGGGAAUCGUGCUGAUGUUUGCGUCCUUCGUAACUCUUCUGGGUGCAUUUAAAAUCAAGAACCCAUGGUAUCCCUAUAGUUUCUAAAUGAAUUGCUGCAUCGAACGGGGUUGGCAAAAAAGCGGAUUAGGUCUUCCAACAAAUUAAAAUAUAUAUUUUA